AUGAAGCUAGUUGCCCAGACUCUCGUGAUCGCGGCAGUCGCAUCAGCGGCCGAGAACCCCAUCGUGGCCCUCCACAACGGCCCGGUCCGGGGCACGACCUCGGACUAUGUCGCCGGCGUCAACGUGUUCAAGGGUAUCCGUUUCGCGGACCCGGCAACGGGCGAGUACCGCUGGGCGCAUCCGCCGCACCCAACCUCGUGGAACGAGACGUACGAUGCCUUUGAGUUUGGCAAUGAGUGCGCCCAGAUGGGCCGGGACGGAACUGUGACCGGCUCCGAAGAUUGCCUCUUUCUCAAUAUCUGGACACCAGAGGAUUUCACCAACACGUCAAGUUACCCCGUCUACCUCUGGAGCUACGGAGGGCGUUUCUCGGGUGGUUCGGGUUCGGACCCUGCCUAUGACGGAUCUGCACUCGCCGCCAAGGGCGCCGUGGUGGUAACGUACAACUACAGAUUAGGCGUGCUAGGUGGUCUUGCGCAUCCCGAGCUCACUGCCGAGGCUGAAGGCAACUCGACAGGAAAUUGGUUCCUACAGGACCAGAUUGCCUGCUUGCACUGGACAAAUGAGAAUAUUCAGCUAUUUGGAGGAAAUCCAGGGCAGAUUACGCUGGGAGGACAGUCUGCCGGCUCUGGCAUUUCUCUCGCCAUGGUCUACUCUCCUCUAGCUAGUGGCCUCUUCCAAGGCGCCAUUGCCGAAAGCGGCGCCAGGGCGCCUCACGAUCCUCUGACUGGAUCUCUGGCUACAAGCCACCGCAACAAGACCGAGGCCGAGGCCCAAGGCGUCGCGUACCUCGAGUCGCUAAACGUGACUUCCAUUGAGGAAGCCCGUCAACUUCCCCUCGAGACCCUGUUGGCCGCUAGCCCCCAGUCGGACACCAUCUUUGUCGGGACCCCCUUUGAGAAUAACUCGGCGUACAUGGAGCCUCCAGUGUUCCGUCCCGUAAUCGACGGCUUCGUGCUCGUGGACACGUACGCAGGAACGCUGGCGAGCCAUUCCCAAAACGACGUGCCCAUUCUCACCGGCAACAACCGCGACGAGAGCGGCGCCUCUCCCGACCCGCGCACGCUGGCCUUGAGCGAUUACAAUGCCAGCAACAAUGCCAUUUUUGCACCUAUUGGUCUGUCGGACAGCUACUUCCAGCUCUUCCCGGCAGCAACGGAUGCCGAAGCCGGCGCUCAGACCAACAACUUUUAUCGCAAUCAGAGUUUGGUCUCGGGGUGGACCUGGGCGUCGGCCUGGGCGGCGGGCGGCGGCAACAGCAGUGUUUAUACCUACUUUUGGACGCACGCCCCGCCGGGACAGAGCUCGGGUGCCUUUCAUGGAAGCGAGAUCAACUAUGCAUUUGGCAACAUCCCUUAUGCUCCCACACUUCAAGGACAAAGCCUGAACUGGACCGCGCAAGAUUAUGCAAUCCAGGAACAGAUUUCUCAGUAUUGGUACAACUUUAUCGCUACUGGUAAUCCCAAUGGUGGAAACCUGACGGCCUGGGAGCCUAGUACCUCCGAGUCCAAGUCCACAAUGGUUCUAGGAGACAGUUAUGGCACUAUUCCUAUUGCCUCUGAUGAUGUCAUAGAGUUUAUUACGGAUUUCUUUGACCAGGAGAUUGCAUGGUAG